CAAUGGCACAAGGAAUGCUUUAAAUGUGCCAACUGCUCCAAGAGAUUAGACUCGGUCAACUGCUGCGAGGGUCCUGAUAAGGACAUCUAUUGCAAAGUAUGCUACGGAAAGAAAUUCGGACCGAAGGGUUAUGGGUACGGCCAGGGUGGUGGCGCCCUACAAAGCGACUGCUACGCUAAUGGCGAGGCCGCUCCUCGUACAACCGUGAUCGACACCGCCAUAAUCAAAGCCCCGCCCGGCAAAGGUUGUCCACGUUGCGGCGGCGUCGUGUUCGCCGCCGAGCAGGUGCUCGCGAAGGGCCGCGAAUGGCACAGAAAGUGCUACAAGUGUCACGACUGCAGCAAAACGCUCGACUCGAUCAUCGCAUGCGACGGGCCCGACAAAGACGUCUACUGUAAAACCUGCUACGGAAAGAAAUGGGGACCGCACGGAUACGGAUUCGCGUGUGGCUCGGGAUUCUUACAAACUGACGGCCUAACGGAGGAAGAAAUUUCGGCUAGUCGGCCGUUUUACAAUCCCGAUACGACGGCAAUCAAGGCGCCAGCCGGUCAAGGUUGCCCUCGUUGCGGUGGCAUGGUAUUUGCCGCCGAACAACAGCUUGCCAAGGGGACUAUGUGGCACAAGAAAUGCUUCAACUGCGCCGAGUGCCAUCGACCUCUCGACUCUAUGCUGGCCUGCGACGGACCCGACAAGGAGAUACACUGCCGAUCGUGCUACAGCAAGCUUUUCGGACCCAAAGGAUUCGGGUUUGGCCACACCCCGACUCUCGUUUCAACCGACGGGGAUCACGCUCCCUCGUACAUCGAUGCAAAGCCUCAGGUCGGGCAGAAGCGGAGCGACGGGCACGGGUGCGCGCGUUGCGGCUAUCCUGUGUACGCUGCCGAGCAGAUGAUCUCGAAGAAUCGCGUGUGGCACAAGCGUUGCUUCAGCUGCGCCGAGUGCCACCGCUCGUUAGACUCGACGAAUCUGAACGACGGCCCAGACGGAGACAUUUAUUGUCGCGGAUGUUACAACCGGAAUUUCGGACCAAAGGGGGUGGGCUUCGGCAUGGGCGCGGGCACCCUGACGAUGGCCUAACUUGUUCAGAAAUAUAUUCAACACGCUCGAACCAGUCUCAUAUAUAUAUAUAUACAUAUAUAUAUAUAUAUAAAUAUAAAUAUACACAUAAAUAUAA